GACGGAAGGGAAACCCAACAGAUAUUCGAUCAGGUGUCUGUCAUGAAGAUACGUAAUUUAGACAGUCAGAAAUCAACACCAGGUUGAAUUCAAGCAUUAAAUAGAAGGGAAGUAACUCGUAAGUAAUUAAACUCUGCUGGAUUCUGGCGCGGAAAAUUUUGAAUCCUUUAAACGUUACUGGAACAUAAACAAUGAAAAGUACCAAAGAAUUAGCCAGAGAGCUUGGCUUCCUUCGAAAACGUCUUCUAACAUCCCCAGCAAACAAAAAGGUGAAACGGCAUAAAAUAAAACAAACCUUCGAUUAUCUGAUAGUGAUGGAUUUUGAAUCAACAUGCUGGAGUGACACGAAACUGAAGCCACAAGAAAUCAUUGAAUUUCCUGCCGUGCUACUCAAUACUUCUACAGGAAUAAUUGUUGCUGAAUUCCAACAAUAUGUUAUGCCUGAAGAAUGUCCCACUCUAAGUAAAUUUUGUCAAGAAUUAACUGGAAUUUCACAACAUCAAGUUGAUAAUGGAGUUCCAUUGAGAUUGUGCCUGAAAAUAUUUAAGGAUUGGCUUAAGAAACUUAGUCGAGAAAAAGGAAUCAAAUUUUCUCCAAUUCAAGAAGACCAAAGUGGCCUUACUACCUUUGUUACCUGGUCAGAUUGGGAUCUAUCAUUGUGUCUGAGAAAUGAAUGUCGCCGUAAACAGCUGUGGAAACCAGUGGAAUUGAACCAAUGGAUUGAUCUGAGGGCCACAUAUAAGAAUUUCUACAGCAGAAAACCUAAUGGUUUAAAUGGUGCUCUCCAAGAACUCGGUAUUUCAUUCCAAGGACGACAACACUCAGGUUUGGAUGAUGCCAGAAAUACAGCAUGUCUGGCCUGGAAAAUGAUCCAAGAUGGAUGCUUAAUGAAAAUAACUAAAACUCUGUCAGAGAAUCCAAAGUCCUCAGUGCCAAAUAAAAAUAUCAACAGUUUUACUCUAACCAAAGAAAAGCAAAAGACUGUCACACUACAUACUGCACAAACUAAGAUCUCUGGUGGUGGUAAUAAUAAUAAUAAUAAUAAUAAUAACAACAACAACAAGAAUUGUAAUAAUAGCAACAGCAAAGAUGAUAUUUUUAAACAGCCUUUGCCUGUUAUGGAAGCUUCUUCUUUGGAUAAGUUUCACAUUGUUAAUACUUUACAUCAGAACAAGCCACAAUUUAACACACCCAGAGCCCAAUUUCAGGAAUUUACUAAGCAUGUGCCUACUGUUCCUGCAAAAUCUUUCAUAAAUAACCUAUCAUCAUCGUCAGGAACUGGAUCAUAUGCAAAAUAUAUAGAUCUCUCCAAAAGAAAUCCAGGUUCCGACAAAAGUAAUGUUAGUCUUGGCAGAAGCAAUUUAGGUCUCAAUAAAAGUAAUGGUUUUACCUCAACUUUUGUUGCAUCUAGCACUUCCUUAGAUGAUGGGGCAUUAAGCUCUUCCUCAAAGAGGGGAACAUGUAGCUUUUCCUCUUUUGUGACAUCAGACUCUACCUCAACUGUUGAAGUUUCAAGCUCUUCUUCAAAGAGUGUGGCAUCUAAUACUUCCUUAAAUGGUGGAGCAUCUAGCUCUUCCUCAAAUGGAUUUACUGGAAUAAAAUAUUCAUCAUGUUUCUCAGAAAAAAGCAAAAACUUUCCUGUUUAUAUUGAUUUGAACAAUUCAAAACGAGACUGGAAUUCUUCUAAAGUUCCAGAAAAUUGCAAGAAUAUUAACAAAAGGACAAAUAAUUCACGAGAACACUCCUCAAAUAAUCAAGAAGUCAAAUUACAAACAAAAGCAAAUUCUUCAUGCUCCAACUUAACUUCAAUCAAACCUUUCGAGACGCCACUAACUUUCAAAUAUUCAAAUAAAAAAUUCACAAAUUUCGCCAUUAAGGAAAUCACCAAUAUGACAGUAAUUCCUAAUGUCUGUGAUACGUCAUUGAAUAAAAGUUCAAGAAAUAUCACACCAAAUGUAAAUAAAGACUGUUCACUCAGUAAAUCAAUGAAAGCCACACCACCUUUAUGUAAAUGUGGUUGCCGCUCAAUGUUGCGCCUCUGCCAAAAGCCAGGUCUCAAUAUGGGACGGCAUUUUUACACUUGCCCCUUGAAGACAAGAUCAAAAAGUAAAAGGAAAAGUGGGAACCCAGUUGAACCUUGUAAUUUUUUCCAAUGGGAAUCACCAGUGUCUCUCCAUUCUUCAUUUCGUUCUUCACCAUUUUCUUCUUCCUCUGUUUCCAACCGUUCUCUCAACAUAUCUUCAACUACACGAAAUCUUUCGUUUGCCAAAACUGCCAAUCUUUCCACUGGUGAGACAUCACAAACACCUAAGUUCACAAAACAGACAAUACGACCAUGUCAGCUUAUUCCCUACAAAUAAACUGUCAACAUGUGGAAGUGAAGGUGGGGAUGAACAUAUAUUUUUUUAAAGCAUCAUGUCUGCUACUGGUUUUCACUCAGAUAUACACUGUGUAUGUGUUUAAUAUUAAUGCAUUUUAUUUUAAUUUUUUAAACUUUUCUCUCUCUCUCUUAACCUCUUUGUAUCUACAAUAAUAAUUUAUUUCUCUAUAAAUAAUAUAUUUAUUCAUUGUUCAAAGAAUACAUUUGCAUAUAUUAAAUACUAACACUUACUCAAUGAUAUCAUCAUCAUCAUUUAAUGUCUGUUCUCCAUGGGUUGGACGGUUUGACCGUUGCUGCUAAGUUAGAAGGCUGCAUGAGACUACAGUCUGAUUUGGCAUGAUUUUCUAUGCCUGGAUGCCCUUCCUAACACCAACCACUCCAAGAGUGUAAUGGGUGCUUUAACAUGCCACCAGCAUGGGUGCCAUUUGCAUGACACGUUUAUCUG